AUGAGGACGCGUAAUCGGAGGUGGAAGACUGCAAUAUGUGCCCUCAGUAUCCUGAACGGGAGGGUGCUUGCAUCGCCGUCCGUCCGGGUAGCCUUGCGGACGUCAUGGCCCGCUACUCCGUUAUUGGCAGAAAUUCUCGAAUCCAUCGACUCGGAAAGCCCUGAUUCCUUCUUCGGAGUACUGGAUGCGAUCACCGACCCUGAACAUAGGAUAAUAUUCCAGGACAUGACGCCUGAAGCUACGUACCAAGCGACACUUCAAACAGCUCUUGAUGCAGGAUAUCUCUCCGAGUCCGGUCUGGCCUCUGCCGUCCGGCUGAACCUCGCAUUGCACGCCUCUGGACCUAAGAUUCAAGCUUACUAUCAGCACUACGAGCACGGGCCGUCUCAGCUCGGAUCCGUGUGCGACGGGCAGUCGUGGGUGGAUUGGUAUGGGGUACCAGUGUGUGAUUUGGAGACAUUGGUACGCUUGGUUGGACACGAGACUGUCGAACCAGCUCAAAGCAACAACACAUCGCUUGUACCACCGUCAAGGCCGAAAACUCUCGCGUUCGACCACAUCUAUCCUUCCGUUAGUCCUGCUGCUGAGCGUCCACCGCAUACGGCCAUCCUCUACGGUUCCCCUGCUUCGGAUAACUUCCGGGAGCUCCAUUCUUACUUGCUUUCCCUUGCAAGUGGGCGUGACCAUCGGAUAGAAUACGUUUUCCGCCACAUGCCUGUCCAUGCCAGGUCAGGACGGACGUUGCACAAGACCUACCUCUCCGGUUAUGGCGUAACUUUGGACCUGAAGAAGAUGGACUAUCUUGCCAUAGAUGACCGCAGAACGCGUGGUCAAGAAUCUGGAUCAGUAGAUGAUGAUUCGGGUAUCAAGGAGGCAGAGGGUACGCUGCUGACUAAAGAUCCCAUAUUGCAACUGCUGGAAGCCUACCCUCUGAACUCCACCGCGGAUAACAACUCUCCACUGACCGAGGAUGAGCUAUUGCAGAUCGGCUUCCAGACCGCCCAGCUCAUCGCAGAUUCUGAAGAACCCUUGGCUACGCUGAAGCAAAUUUCUCAGAACUUCCCUCGUUAUGCAACAUCGAUUUCCCGAAGAGUGAACGUGAACGAGAGUGUUGCGAUGGAAAUCCAGGCAAACAUGGCACGUGCUCAGCCCGGCAUGAGCAUGAUUUGGAUCAAUGGCAAAACCGUACCGGAGACGGACAUAAACCCAUUCUCUCUACUUCGUCUUUUGCGCAAGGAACGCGGCUUUGUGCACUCUCUCACAUCACUCGGCCUGACCGCAGAGCAAUCGAUUGAUCUCAUGACCCACAGCGCCGUUGGCUCGCUUCAAGGUGAAAAGGAUGUGCUUGAUGGUAUUUUCGAUGCCAGCGACCGGCUCGAAGGUGGCAACACGAUCGUUUGGUGGAAUGAUCUUGAGAAGGACUCGCGUUACGCGUCAUGGCCAUCAUCUUUGAACACGCUUCUUCGACCGCUAUAUCCAGGACAAUUCCACAAUGUGAAGCUCAAUCUGUAUAACGUCGUCCUCGUCCUCGACUUGUCUAAGACAAGUAGCCAUGGUUUCAUCGGCAACGCUGUCUGGAACAUCAUCAAUCGUAACUUCCCUCUACGUUUCGGUGUGGUUCCCAUGGUAGAGACGGAAGACGGUGAGAAGAUGGCGAAGAUAUUCUAUUAUCUCAUUCAGACCGUUGGGAGAGCAAAAACGAUAGAAUUCAUACGCAUGAAUGCACAAACUCGCAUGCCUUCGGAUAUGGUUACUCCUACUGUGAACUGGAAUAUUGUCCGACAAGAAUUUCAGGCUUUGAUAAACGGUGUCGAGCUAGCUGAAGGACAGGAACCGCUUCUGACCUUCGAGGAGGUCGUUAACAGCCCGUCUCUGGACAAAGUGCGCGCAUAUACGCAACGUUUACAGGCGGACGCCAGUUCUUCGCCCACGGGACACGCUUUUGUCAACGGUAAACACUUCGACAUCGACGAUGAGUUCCUGCGUAACAUGCAGAACGAAAUCAGCCAGCAGAUGCUCCAUCUGCAGCAGAGGAUAUACACCACGGAGCUCAGCGACGAGAACGCAGGGGAUAUGUCCACCUACUUUUACGAUUUGCCCACCACGGCUCAAACAAGGAACCGCUAUAUUCACCAAACCGGGUUCGAGGCUAUCCGUGUCUUCAAUCUUCAUGAGCUAUUCCGUGACGUGGAGCUGGGAGCGGCUUAUGUCUAUCCUAACAGUGCCGCAGAAUCACAGACACCGCUUACUGAGGUUAUUAUCGCUGAUUUCGACAGCGAAGAAGGUCUCACGCUUGCACGAGAGGCGCUGAUCUCUAUGGACGGAACUGCCCGUAUCGGUUUCCUCCACAAUCCAUCCGCUGCCUCCGGCCUGUCGGAGGAUACUGUCCAUGCCUCUGCCUUCCGAAAACUCCUUCUGAAACACCAUACUUCCAUACCCAAGAGCGAUCUCCUAAGAUCUCUCGGGUUCGAUGUAGAAGAUGCCCAGCAGGUGCCUACGCCACCGCAAAAUGUCUUAGGGGAACUUGCAGGCGACGAACGGAGUGAUUCCGAGGAUGACCAACACACUACAUCAGCAGAGGCGAGCAAGACCAUUCUAAGCCGACUGGGCCUAUCUGCUGGAGCGCAAGCUGUAUUGAUCAAUGGUCGACUCAUCGGUCCCUUCAAAGCUGGAGAAUUCCACGCAGCUGACUUCCGCACGCUCGCCUCGUAUGAACUUCGGAAGCGUGUGGGCCCUGUAUUGGCCGCGCUUGCGGAUGUAACGCCUUCUUUCCUGCAGAAGGAUAGAGUGUCAUCAGCAGACAUAUUGAACAUAGCGUCAUCUAUUCUCUCGACAAUCGCUAUGCCCGAACCCACCGAGUCCGGCCUCUACAAUGUCCCCGCUCAACCUCGACGUCGCAACUACAAUCUCCUGGACAACACGUACACCUCGUUUGAAAGCGGUGACAUAUCUACUGCGCUGUAUCAAAUCGCCAUCCUGGUUGAUCCGCUGAGCGAGGCAGCCCAGAAGUGGUCUAGUAUAGCAGAGUGGCUCUCCUCCAUUCCAGACGUGUUCAUCAAGAUCAUUAUUCACCCGCCCGGAUUCCGUGAAGUUCCCCUGAAGAGGUUCUACAGGUUUCAAGUUCUUCCUAGUCUCGUGUUCGACGUAAACGGCGACGAGGUCCCUGCAAUGGUUACCUUCGAUGACCUCCCAACUCAGCCCAUUUACACGCUUGGCAUGGACGUACCUAAGGCGUGGCUAGCUCGCCCGCGAGAAGCAUUCCAUGAUCUUGACAAUAUACAGUUGAACGGAUUAUCCUCGGAAGAGGUGGUAGAAGCCACCUACGAGCUGGACUAUCUCGUUAUCGAAGGUCAUGCUCGCGAUACUCUGACCAAUUCACCACCCAGAGGCCUUCAGCUUCAGUUGAAGACUGACAACUCUUCCUCCGUCGGUGAUACGCAAAUAAUGGCGAACCUAGGAUACCUACAGUUUAGAGCAACGCCAGGAAUCUACCAUCUGGAAAUCAGGCCAGGGCGCGGGAAGGAACUCUUUGAGAUGGAAAGUGUCGGCAACGAAGGAUGGGACAGUCCGACUGUCCAGCAGAUUGGAGAUGAGAUCACACUAACGGACUUUGAGGGCUUGACCGUAUAUCCAAGGCUGGCUAGAAUUCCUGGGAAGGGCCAUUACGACGUCCUCGCGGAUCUCACCUUCGAGGACGAUGAACCAGACGGCCUCUUAGACAGCAUUGCAUCCAGGAUUAAGUCUUGGUUCAGACCGGAACCGGCACCCUCUACAGAUCUAGUUGCAGUGUCCCAACAGGCGGAGAUCAAUGUCUUCACUGUAGCCUCGGGUUUAUUAUACGAGCGUUUCUUGUCCAUCAUGGUGCUUAGUGUCCUCCGCAACACCAAUAGCACGGUGAAGUUUUGGUUCAUCGAAAACUUCCUUUCACCUUCAUUCCUCGAAUUCAUACCGCAUUUCGCCGCUGCUUAUAACUUCCAAUACGAGCUCGUUACCUACAAGUGGCCUUCUUGGCUGCGAGCCCAGAAAGAGAAGCAGCGUAUCAUCUGGGCGUAUAAAAUCUUGUUUCUUGACGUUCUGUUCCCUAUGGACCUCAAGAAAGUGAUAUUCGUGGACGCGGACCAGAUUGUGAGGGCGGACUUGAAGGAACUAGUGGACCUGGACCUGCAUGGCGCGCCAUACGGAUAUACUCCCAUGGGAGAUGACAACACCGACAUGGAGGGCUUCAGAUUUUGGAAAACAGGUUACUGGAAAGACUUCCUCAAAGGCCUCCCUUAUCAUAUCAGUGCACUGUACGUGGUGGACCUGGACAAGUUCCGGAAGAUGGCAGCAGGGGAUAUCCUUCGCGGGCAUUAUCAACAACUCUCGGCCGACCCGAACUCGCUUGCGAACCUCGACCAAGAUCUGCCCAACAACCUUCAGCGUGAAGUACCCAUAUUCUCGCUCCAUGAAGACUGGUUAUGGUGUGAAACGUGGUGCAGCAAAGAUCGCUUGCAUCGAGCCAAGACCAUUGACCUUUGCCAGAAUCCUCUCACCAAGGAACCGAAGCUCGAACGUGCACGGAAGAUACCCGAGUGGGAAGAGUACGACGCCGAGGUGGCACGUCUAACACGCCACUUAACGGAAGCCGGUUUACUGCGUUCGUCCUCCAUCGCCAGCGACGUCAAUGCAUUGGCUGGCGAGGUGCCGCCUCCACCCUCCGCGCCCUCGAAUGCAGAGGUCGCAGGAAUGCAGGGUGAAGGCGAUACUGCGGCGGAUGUCGAGGGUGUCGUCACCCAUGAGGAGUUGUGAAUGUCCUUGGAAUGUACAUAGACCUGCAACAUAUGCACAACUUGCUUCAUGAUC